AUGUCAGGAGACUACGAGGAUGACCUCUGCCGGCGGGCACUCAUCCUGGUCUCAGACCUCUGUGCGCGGGUCCGAGAUGCCGACACCAGUGACAGGUGCCAGGAGUUCAACGACCUGCGAAUUCGAGGCUAUCCCCGGGGCCCAGAUGCAGACAUCUCCGUGAGCCUGCUGUCGGUCAUCGUGACAUUCUGUGGCAUUGUCCUUCUGGGCGUCUCCCUCUUCGUGUCCUGGAAAUUGUGCUGGGUGCCCUGGCGGGACAAGGGAGGCUCAGCAGUGGGCGGGGGCCCCCUGCGCAAAGACCUAGGCCCUGGGGUUGGGCUGGCAGGCCUGGUAGGUGGUGGUGGGCACCACCUGGGGGCUGGCCUGGGUGGCCAUCCUCUGCUGGGGGGUCCACACCACCAUGCCCACACUGCCCACCAUCCGCCCUUCGCUGAGCUGCUGGAGCCAGGCAGCCUGGGGGGCUCUGACCCCCCUGAGCCCUCCUACUUGGACAUGGACUCCUACCCAGAGGCUGCAGCAGCUGCUGUGGCCGCUGGGGUCAAACCGAGCCAGACAUCUCCUGAACUGCCCUCUGAGGGAGGUGCAGGCUCUGGGCUGCUCCUGCUGCCCCCCAGUGGUGGGGGCUUGCCCAGUGCCCAGUCGCAUCAGCAGGUCACAAGCCUGGCACCCAUCACCAGGUACCCAGCCCUACCCCGGCCCCUCACCCAGCAGACCCUGACCCCCCAGCCGGACCCUGGCAGUGACGAGCGGCCGCCUGCCCUACCCUUACCCUUGCCAGGCGGGGAGGAAAAAGCCAAACUCAUCGGGCAGAUCAAGCCGGAGCUGUACCAGGGGACUGGACCAGGUGGCCGGCGCGGCGGUGGGGCUCCGGGCUCUGGAGAGGCCGGCGUGGGGGCGCCCUGCGGCCGCAUCAGUUUCGCCCUGCGGUACCUCUAUGGCUCAGACCAGCUGGUGGUGCGGAUCCUGCAGGCCUUGGACCUCCCAGCCAAGGACUCCAACGGCUUCUCCGACCCCUACGUCAAGAUCUACCUGCUGCCAGACCGCAAGAAAAAGUUCCAGACCAAGGUGCACAGGAAGACGCUGAACCCUGUGUUCAACGAGACAUUCCAGUUCUCAGUGCCCCUGGCUGAGCUGGCCCAGCGCAAACUGCACUUCAGCGUCUAUGACUUUGACCGUUUCUCGCGGCACGACCUCAUCGGCCAAGUGGUGCUGGACAACCUCCUGGAGCUAGCUGAGCAGCCCCCUGACCGCCCACUAUGGAGGGACAUCGUGGAGGGCGGCUCGGAAAAGGCAGAUCUUGGGGAGCUCAACUUCUCACUCUGCUACCUCCCCACGGCCGGGCGCCUCACGGUGACCAUCAUCAAAGCCUCUAACCUCAAAGCGAUGGACCUCACCGGCUUCUCAGACCCCUACGUAAAGGCCUCUCUGAUCAGCGAGGGGCGGCGUCUGAAGAAGCGGAAAACCUCCAUCAAGAAGAACACGCUGAACCCCACGUACAACGAGGCGCUCGUGUUCGACGUGGCCCCGGAGAGCGUGGAGAGCGUGGGGCUCAGCAUCGCGGUGGUAGACUACGACUGCAUUGGGCACAACGAGGUGAUCGGCGUGUGCCGCGUGGGCCCGGACGCCGCCGACCCCCACGGCCGCGAGCACUGGGCGGAGAUGCUGGCCAAUCCCCGCAAGCCCGUGGAGCACUGGCAUCAGCUGGUGGAGGAAAAGACUCUGUCCAGCUUCACGAAAGGCAGCAAAGGAUUGUCAGAGAAAGAGAACUCAGAGUGA